CCCGGAAAUGCCGGGUAGGCUGUGACAGCUGCUACUGCUAGGCUGUGUUUUUCUUUUUCACACCCCCAGCUCCAACAUGAUCCCGUUUACCGUCAAUAUCAAGCUGUCUACCCGCACGCUGACCGGAGCCCUGACCCAGAAUAACAGGGGGGCGCUGGACUGGGGCUGCCAAGGGCUUAUUGCAUAUGGAUGUCACUCUCUGGUCCUUGUUGUAGACCCUAGUUCUGCCCAAACCCUUCAGGUCUUAGAGAAGCACAAAGCCAAUGUUGUCAAGGUAAAAUGGGCCAGAGAGAAUUAUCACCACAACCUGGGCUCCCCGUAUGCCCUGCGUUUGGCAUCAGCUGAUUCCAGUGGGAAGAUUGUUGUGUGGGAUGUGAUGUCAGGCACAACAAGAUGUGAAAUACAAGAACACUCAAAGCCCAUCCAUGAUAUGCAGUGGCUCUGGAGUCAAGACGCAUCUCGUGACCUGUUGCUGGCCGUGCACCCUCCCAACCUCAUUGUGCUUUGGAAUGCAGACACUGGCACCAAAUUGUGGAAAAAAAGCUACGCGGAAAACAUUCUGAGUUUUUCCUUCAACCCUUUCCAGCCCUCGCAACUUGCAUUGCUCACCAGUGAGGGCAUUGUGUUUGUCUCUGACUUUUCCCCGUCCAAACCACCCACUAGCACAGGACGGAAGGUGUAUAUCUCCAGCCCUCAUGCCAGCCCUAUUCAUACCAAACCUGCUACUGCAACCGGUGCCAAGAAGGCUCUCAACAAAGUUAAGAUUCUUAUCACCAACGAGAAGCCCAGUGCGGAGGCUGUGACCCUUAAUGAAUGCUUGCAGCUCUCUUACAUGCCUUCGAAGCGAAACCACAUGCUACUUCUUUACCCACGAGAGAUCCUGAUCUUGGACCUGGAGGUCAAUCAGACUGUUGGAGUUGUAGCCAUCGAAAGGACAGGUGUCCCUUUCCUGCAGGUGACCCCAUGCUUUCAGAGGGAUGUGCUUUUCUGUCUCCAUGAGAAUGGCUGCAUUUCUAUGCGUGUUGGUCGGCAAACUUGUGGGAGUUCAGGGGCACCAAACGAGGAGACAGACUCUGAUGCUGUGCCAGAGAUGACUUAUGAUCUUCGCUGCCAGUGUGACGCCUUCCGAGUCACUAAGACCGUCCGUCCGUACAGCAUAGCAUGCAGUACCAUCAAUGAGAAUGCCAUCGCCCUAAUAAUCAGUGAUGGCCGAGUUAUGAUCUGGGAGCUGAAAUCAGGUGUAUUGGGAAGAAAGAAUCUUAAUGCUGGGUCUUGUGCUUUAUAUGCCCCAUCUUCAUUCUGCGGUAAGCCGGUGGAUCCUGCCCAAAGAAAACUUCCAGAUCUCUCUCUGGACAGUAUGAUUGCUGGACAAAGCAUGCUGGGAUGUGAUCCUCAGUCAUCUGGAAGUCCUCUUCAGGAAGUGCACCUUAAAUUUUUGCUCACUGGCCUUCUUUCUGGGCUUCCUCAGCCACCAUUUGUGGUCAGAAUGUGCCCUCCUCUGACUACCAAGAAUAUCACACAGUACAAGCCCCUUCUGGCAGUUGGUACAAGCAAUGGUUCUGUCUUUGUCUACAACCUGACAAGCGGUCUAUUACAUAAAGAAUUAAAUAUACAUUCCUGUGAGGUCAAGGGCAUCGAAUGGACCAGUCUCACCAGCUUCCUCUCAUUUGCUACAUCUACCCCAAACAACCUUGGUCUGGGGAGAAACGAACUUCAACUGGUGGACCUUCUUACAGGAAGGAGUGUGGCAUUUAGAGGAGAGAGAGGCAUUGAUGAGCAACCCAUGGAGAUGAUUAAAGUGUCUCAUCUGAAGCAGUACUUGGCAGUAGUGUUUAAAGACAAACCCUUGGAACUAUGGGAUAUUCGUACCUGUACCCUUCUCCGGGAGAUGUCUAAAAGCUUCCCAUCUGUUACAGCUCUGGAAUGGUCCCCGUCUCAUAACCUGAAGAGUCUGCGAAAGAAACAGAUGGCAGCCCGCGAGGCGAUGGCACGUCAGACUGUCUCCUCAGACACAGAGCUGAAUAACCUGGAGUCUUCGGUUAUCAGUCUGUUACAGGAAGCAGAAAGCAAGUCUGAAAUGAGCCAGAGUAUCUCCGCACGAGAGCACUUUGUAUUCACGGACACAGACGGACAGGUUUACCACCUCACUGUGGAAGGGAACUCUGUGAAAGACAGCGCUAGGAUCCCGCCAGAUGGAAGCAUGGGAAGCAUUUCCUGCAUUGCUUGGAAGGGAGACCACCUGGUCCUCGGAGAUGUGGAUGGCAAUCUAAACUUCUGGGAUUUAAAAGGACGGGUCUCCAGGGGGAUUCCAACUCACAGAAAUUGGGUAAAGAAGAUACGUUUUGCCCCAGGUAAAGGCAACCAGAAACUAACAGUUCUGUACAAUGACGGUGCCGAGGUGUGGGACACCAAAGAGAUUCAGAUGGUGAGCAGUCUGCGCACUGGGAGAAAUGUAAACUACCGUGUCCUAGAUGUUGAUUGGUGCUCAUCCGACAAAGUAAUCUUAGCUUGCGAUGACGGUUGUAUCAGAGUGUUGGAGAUGUCUUUGAAAUCUGCUUCCUUCCGGAUGGAUGAACAGGAACUCAUUGAUCCUGUCUGGUGUCCAUACUUGCUGCUCCCGAAGGCAUCUUUAAUUCUUAAAGCCUUCCUGCUUCAUCAACCCUGGGGAGACAAAUGUUCCUUAAAUAUCACAGAUGUUGACUACCCAGAGCAUGAGGACAUGAAGGUUUUAAUCCAAGAACAAAUCAACUCUUUAUCCAACGACGUGAAGGAUUUGCUUUUGGACCUAGAGUUUACACUCUUGCAAAGGUGCCUGCUUGUUGCAAGACUAUAUGGGGAUGAGUCAGAGCUGCAUUUCUGGACUAUAGCUGCUCACUACUUGCAAGUGUUUCAACGUACGAGGCUUAGCAGCAGCACCACUCCAGCAAGCCCACUGGACAUUUGUUAUGACCUUUUGUGUGAGAAUGCAUAUUUUCAGAAAUUUCAGCUGGACAGAGUUUAUCUGCAAGAAGUAAAACGUUCUAGCUAUGAACACACCAGAAAAUGUGCAGACCAGCUUCUCCUCUUAGGACAGACUGACCGAGCAGUUCAGCUACUGCUGGAGACCAGCGCUGAUAACCCACAGUAUUACUGUGACUCCCUAAAGGCCUGCCUGGUCACUACUGUCACCUCAUCUGGUCCCUCCCAGAGCACAAUCAAGUUAGUGGCAACAAACAUGAUCGCCAAUGGAAAGCUGGCAGAGGGAGUGCAGUUACUCUGCCUGAUAGACAAGGCUGCGGACGCCUGUCGCUACCUGCAGACCUAUAAUGAAUGGAACCACGCUGCUUGGCUGGCUAAGGUGCGAUUAAACCCAGAGGAAUGCGCUGAAGUCUUAAAAAGAUGGGUGGACCAUCUCUGUUCCCCACACAUAAAUCAGAAGUACAAAGCGAUUCUGGUCCUCCUUUCUCUUGGAUGCUUUCGCAGAGUUAUAGAAAUGUUGCAUAGCAUGAGGUGUUUUGACCGAGCAGCUUUGUUCCUGGAAGCCUGCCUGCGGUGUUCGGCAAUUGAUGUUAGCGAUGAGAAUAAUAAACUGAUCUCUGCCGUGUUUGCAGACUAUGCUCGCAGCCUGCGCACACUGGGAUUCUCACAAGCAGCUCUGCGAUUUGCCCUGAAGGCAGGAGAUGCUGGAUCAGAUCUGGUGACCGAGCUUCAAAAUCUGAAGCAGGCAGAAGAUUAGUGAGCAGGGAACACCUGACAUAGUUUUCCCUUGUGGAAGGUAUAAGACGAUUGGACGAUUCUGCGGCAAUGUGGGCUCAGUCAGCAUGAAGUAGGACGUUAGAGAUAUUGUGUCCUGUGUGUGUCCUCCCACUAUAUCCCGUUAUCCAGGAUCCGCCAGUAUUGGACAUCAGAGCUUAUCAAUACAGUUAACUCUGUAAGUGCCGGAGAGCUGAGCACACUGAUUUUCUUUGCAUUGUCCUAUGUUACACCCCUGGCUCUCAAAAUGUUACUUCCAGGGUUAAUGUAACGGUGACAACACCUUCUGCCAUCAUGUCUGCUUGAAAUCAUUACUUCAGAUAUUGUUCUUUGUAUAAGAGCAGGAAGAGAUAACUGCACACCCACCUUAUGGCUAUUCGCUAAAUGUAUAGGAAAAGGUGAGGAGACCAUGUUAUAGCUGUAAAUGUCUUUUUUUUUUUUUUCUUCAUUUCUAGUGAUUCAAAUCAGCCGGUAGAUUUCACUCAUGUAAAACAGCCAUAGCGCUUUCUCCAUAAACAUUUCUAACAUUUAAGAAUUUAGAGUAAAUAUGAAAUCAUCUUCUUUUGCAGUUUCUGAUUUUUUUUUUUUGAUUUUUUUUUUUUAAUACGUUUUGAAUACUGCUGAAUAUUUGACAAUUUAAUUUAGCCACCCAACAGUAAAUUGCAGUGAAUUUAGGCAGAAUAGCUCAUAUAGAAAAGGCCGCCACAUCAUCUAUAGGUACAGCUUGGCUUUUAUCUUGGUUUUUAUUUUACCCAAAUUCAUUGUUUAGUCAAACCCUGUGUGUCUCUCAACCCACUGUAUGGACCAAACAUAUAGAACUUGAAGUACUGCACUUCAAGACUUCAUCUAUUGUACAUGAAAAAUGAACUGUAACUCACAGUAUUAAAAUAGAUACUGUGUUCUCAUGA